AUGCGCCCCUGUACCGCCUCCUCAUGCUGCUGCCAGGCCCGUAAUCUGCCAUGGGCCCCCGUACCGACUCCUCAUGCUGCUGCCAGGCCCGUAAUCUGUCAUGGGCCCCUGUACGGCCCCACGCCUCCUCAUGCUGCUGCCAGGUCCAGAGGGUGUCAUGGGUCCCUGUACGGCCUCCCAUUGCUGCUGUCUCCAUCGCCACACUCUGCCAUGUGCCACUUUCAGGUCUCCUCACACUGCUGGUGGUUUCCAUUUUUGUCAUAGGGUGCUGUAUGGCCUCCCAUUGCUGCUGCCUCCACCGCCACACUGUGGCUCCACACUCUGGUUUUGGCCCCGUGACUGCCAAAUGAGUGAAGUGUGCGGUGAUUCUAAGAUCGACGGCACUCAUCUGCAUGUCAUACUGACUGUCAGUAUUAUUUUCUCUUCCCCAGCAGACUCCAAGGGCAUUUAAAUUAAAGGUACAGUGUUCUGCACUAAUAUAA